UCUCGCCACCCCUUACUGACCACCUGCGACUACCCGACCACGACUGCUACCCCAUCACCACCAUGCCUGGCCGACCCGCCGGCCGUUCGGCGUCCGCCACCUCGCGCAAGACCUCCGCCCAGCCCACCUCGCGCGCCGGAUCUGCCACUCCAUCCGUUGCCAUCCCAGAGGACCCCGCGCUGCCCGAGGCCGUCCCCAACCUACGCCGCGAUGUCUGCUCCCUGUUCGCCGAUGCCCAGCGCUCUACCACCGGACACCGCAAACUCGUCGUGCGGCUAAGAAAGCUCCAAGAGGCAUGCUGCGGCAUCUCGCAGACGAGCUCCAAGAAAGAUGGCAAGAAGGCGCAGCAGCAGAUCUCGCUUCCGGCGGAGGAGACCCUCCCUGAGAUGGAGUUCAACGUCGAGGUCAGCCGCUGCGCACUCCGCAUCCUCCCCAUCAAGAAGUCAGAGCCAGCCGGCGACCGCAUCCUGCGCUUCCUCGGCACCUUCUUAGCCCUGGCGUCGGAGAAGGACGCGGAACUCUUUGCCACCGAGGACGAAGACGAGGAUAUGGACAAUUCACCCGAAACACCCACCGCCCGUUUGACGACCGCCCUGGUCAACCAGAUCGUGCCCAUGCUGGCCGCCAAAGACAAGGUUGUGCGCUUCCGCGCCACCCAGAUCAUCGCCCACAUUGUCAACUCCCUCGAUACGAUAGACGACGACCAAUAUCACACCAUCCGCGGAGGCCUCCUGAAGCGGAUCCGCGAUAAGGAGCCCGCCGUGAGAGUCCAGGCCGUCAUGGGAUUGGGCCGGCUCGCAGGUAACGAGGAAGAGGACGACAACGAUGACAGCCGGGCGCUCCUGGAGAAGCUCAUCGAUAUCAUGCAGAACGAUACAAGUGCAGAUGUGCGGAAGACGCUGCUUGUCAACCUUCCCCUCGUCCCGAGAACCCUGAAGUAUCUGCUUGAACGGGCCCGCGAUCUGGAUGCCGCCACGCGCCGAGCCUUGUAUUCACGUCUUCUCCCCAACCUCGGCGACUUCCGGCAUCUGUCACUGUCUAUGAGAGAGAAGAUGCUUCGCUGGGGCCUGCGCGACCGAGACGAGAGCGUCCGCAAGGCCACUGGCAAGCUCUUCUUCGACCGCUGGAUCGAGGAUUGUGCCGGCACCAACAACGAGUCCGAGGAGAGCCCUACGGGUCAACGCUCCGCACCCAACCAGGCGGCUCUGAUGGAGCUUCUGGAGAGAAUCGACGUCUCCAACUCUGGAGUAGAGACCGGAAUCGCGCAUGAAGCCAUGCGCAGCUUCUGGGAAGGCCGUCCCGACUACCGGGAGGCGGUCCUCUUCGACGAGCCUUUCUGGGAGUCUCUCACGGCCGAAUCGGCGUUUGUCAUCCGCUCUUUCAACGACUUCUGCCGCGUGGAGAACGAAGGCAAGUACGACAAGCUCGCGGAUGAGAAGAUUCCCGAGGUCACCGCUCUGGCGUUUUACCUCCAGAAGUACAUGACCGUCCUGCUGCAGCGGAAGAAGAUCCUCAAGGACACCGGGGAUGCGAACGACGACAGCGCCAUCGAGCAAGAGUUCGUCGUCGAACAGCUGCUGCAUAUUGCCAUGACCCUGGAUUACAGCGAUGAGGUCGGACGACGCAAGAUGUUCUCCCUCCUACGCGAGUCGUUGGCUGUUCCGGAACUCCCCCAGGAAUGCACCAAACUCUCUAUCGAGGCGCUACGGUGUGUAUGCGGCGCGGAUGCUGCCGCGGAGAAAGAGUUCUGCAGUGUCGUCAUGGAAGCCAUCGCCGAAGUUCACGACACCAUUGUGACGGAAGACAGCUUUGUCUCUGCGCGGUCGGAGAUGAGCGACACCAGCUCCACCCGCCACCGAUCUGAGACCCCGGGGGAGCCGGAGGAUGACAAGCCUUACAACAAAGAAGAGGCCAAAGCGAAGGUCCUCAAGGAGAUCAUGAUCAACAUGAAAUGUCUGGACAUUGCCCAGUGCAUGCUGCAGAACGUUGAGGGCAACCUGCAGGCCAAUAUCAACCUGGUGACCAUGCUGAACAACCUGGUUGUGCCUGCGGUGCGCAGUCACGAAGCUCCCAUCCGUGAGAAGGGUCUGGAAUGCCUGGGACUCUGCUGCUUGCUCGACAAGUCUCUGGCAGAGGAGAACAUGACCCUCUUCAUCCACUGUUAUAGCAAAGGACACGAGGCCCUGCAAGUGACCGCCAUCCACAUCUUGUGUGAUAUGCUGGCCACGCACCCGACGCUCCUUGCGCCGGUGACUCAAUCCGACGGCGAGACAGUCGCCCCGCCGGUGUUCCAGAAGCCGCUGUUGAAGGUCUUUGCGCGGUCUCUCAAGUCCAGCUCCCCCAAUAGCGUCCAGACGGCGGCUGCGUCGGCCCUCUCGAAAUUGCUGCUCACGAACUCGUUCACGCCCGCGGGGCCCAACAUUCCCCAGGCCAUCCAGGAGUACAACGAGACCGCCGUCGAGACCCUCCUGCAGUCCCUGGUGCUCUCCUUCUUCCACCCCCGUACCCGCGACAACCCCGCGCUCCGACAGGCCCUGGCCUACUUCUUCCCCGUGUACUGCCACUCGCGCGUGGACAACACGCAACACAUGCGCAAGGUUGCUGUGCCGGUGAUCCGGGCGACCCUGAACGCCGCGGAGGAAUACUACUCGCUGGAGGCGGAGGAGGACAGCGACGGCGACAUCGACGAAACGGCGGGUCAGCGCGAAUUGAAGGCGCUUAUGAGCGGCGUUGUGGGCAUGCUGGCGGAGUGGACGGACGAGCGCCGGGUGAUCGGACUCGGGGGCGAGAAGCUUCUGAUGGGGGGCACUGCCAGUUCCAACGCCUGCGGGUUCGUGCACCUGGCGCUGGUCAAAGAGAUCCUGGAACGGGUUCUGGGCAUCAGCGCGGGCACCAACCGCUGCUCCAAGGAGGAAAAGAAGCUACUCUUCUCCCUCCUGGGCAAGCUCUACAUCGCGCCGCCCGUGGUGCCGUCACGGUCGGGCUCGCGCAACCCCGAAGGCGAAGACCCCUUGCGGUCGAGCGUGCGCAGCGCCGCCCAGCCGGAGAUCACGCCGGAGAACACGACGCUGGCGCAGGAGGUCAAGGAGCUCCUGGACGAGACGAUCGAAGAGGGCGUGGCUGCCGAAGCGGCGGGACGCAACGCCCUGGUCAAGGUCAAGAACGCGGUGCUCAAGCUCCUGGCUGCGGCUCACGGGGGCCGGCCGGCCAGCUCGCGCGCCCGCGAAGGCAUGGACGAAGGCGACAGCGACGUGAUGAGCGUGCGAUCGAUGAGCGUCCGGUCGGGCAGUGUGCGGCCGUCGAUCGAGCCUGGGGCCAUGCGCCGGGGAUUCUCUGUCGAGCCCAGCAUCAUGGAAGAGGACGAGGGGGAGGACGACGACGGGGACAGCCGUAUGACGAUCGUCAAGGAGGAAGACGAAGAAGAGUAAUUUCCGGUCUGUCUUUGUUUGGAACGGCGUUUGGGAUGGACGGGAGGGGAGUUCCGGGGGGUUCUGUCUGGGCGGGCCGUGUAAUUAAGGAGUCUAUAACCGCGACAAUUGAGUUGAAUCAUGAUGCAGCCG